CUCCCAGAGUCGUCAAACUGGACGCCGAUCGUUUUCUUCCAGCAUGUAGAGGGUUAAGCUGGAGAUAACGGGUGAAAAAAGACCUAAAAGAAAGAGGAUUGAUCAGUUUCCCGAAGCGUGAGAGACUCGAGGCGGGCUUUGUAUCCGAGCGAGUGAGCGAGAAAAGCUCUCUACUCUCUAGAUCAGCUCUCUCUUUCCAAAAUUUUUUAGAUGUUUCCCCGUGCCGCUUCAAGCAAUGACCCCCCUCAGUCUCACAGUCACUCCAUUCUGUUCCAGCACACGUUCCAAUCUCAAGCCUACUCUCUUCCCUCCACUUACUCCCUUCCUACCUUCCCUGUCGACCCUUAAACAUCCUUCUCCCCCCACCAAACAGAAGAAGAGGAUCCACUAUGGGUCGUGUAGAGCGGAGUUCUCUCACGAUGCGCCGUUCGUUGUUGCCAUCGGCGCUUGUAUGCUCAACUCUCUUGUUUUUCCGGUCACCGGUAAAGGUGCAGAUAAUGACAGUGAUUCGGUGUUUGAUUUGUCCGACACGAGGUUCUCGAUCAUGGGGAUCAUCAGCUUUAUCCCCUACUUCAAUUGGCUGAGUUGGGUGUUUGCGUGGCUUGAUAGUGGAGAGAGGCGUUAUGCAGUAUAUGCGAUUGUAUACUUGGCUCCAUACCUAAGGUCAAACUUAUCACUGUCCCCUGAGGAGAGUUGGCUGCCUAUUGCCAGCAUUGUAUUCUGCAUCAUUCACAUUCAGCUGGAAGCAAGCAUAAAGGAUGGAGAUAUUCAGGGCUUUCAAUUAUUUAGCAUGGCUGAAAAGCACCUUUCAUCAAUGGCUAGAAAGAAGGAUCAUUCACAUGGGCAAGAAGGAAUUUCUGAGGAGGAGGGGAGAAAAACAGAGAAGACCAAUCUGCUAUCUGCUGAAGAGCAAUCAAGAAAUGACAUCCCAAGGUGGGGAGUUCCCAAAAAGUCACCAGGAGAUCCCGAACGCUCGAAUGGAGAUUGGCUUGAUGAUGAGAGGAAAGACUAGCAAGUCAGUAACAAAGCAUUACGUACGGGUUUGGAUUGACCAUAAUGUAGACUUAGGGUUGAAGCGCUUGGUCCACCCAUGUCUUGUUUUUUGUGUACUGUCUUCAUUGUUUAUUAUGUGAAAUGAUUUAUAUACGUCGAUAAGAUGCUGCAGUAACAUUUUACUGGAUGUGAGCUGGUCUAUGGCGGCGUACUGCUAAUUGUUGGUAGGCAGCUUCUGGUUGACUCUGUAUGAAUCUGUUGGGAGCUGCUGUACUCGGGGCAGAGAGCCCGGAUCCGUGUAUGGUUUAGGCCUCCCUUGUAGUUAAAACGAUGGAUCCUAUUUUGCCAUCCAGAAGUACUUGCUCCCGCAGCCCAUCUAAGAUGUCAGAUGUGUAAUCAAAUUAUGGUAGCAGAUAAUGGAAAACAUUGUUCUUUUUUUAAA